AUGGAUGGACUCAAUUUCAAGUCAAUCCCAGCUGAUUUAGGUGAGUGGUUGGAAAGAGAUAUUGAUGAACAAGAAGUUAUCAAUGCAAUAAAAUUGUUGGGAAAAACUAAAUCCCCUGGGCCUGAUGGUUACCCAAUAGCGUUUUGCCAACAUACUUGGAGUAUUAUUAAACUUGAUGCUAUGAAGGUGGUUUCUGAGCUUCAAAGUAAAGGUUUUCUUGAUUGGCGGCUUAAACAUACAUUUACAACUCUCAUUCUUAAGAAAGAUUUGGUGGAAGAAUUCAAGGAUUUGCGACCUAUUAGUCUAGCUAAUGGCGUCUAUAAAAUUCUUUGUAAGGUGUUGGCAGAGAGAUUCAAGGUUUUAUUGCCUCAUGCUUUUGAUCACGUUAAUUGGAAAUUUUUAGACAAUGCUUUAGAGAAGACGGGCUAUGCUUUGUCCGUAAUGAUGUGUAAAUCACAAGAUGACGGUUAUCUCAGAGGUUGUAGAGUUUCUGCCAAUGGGACAAUGGUAAGUUAUCUACAAUUUGUUGACGACACAUUAACAUUCUUAGAUGUUGAAGUUUCUAAGAGUUCAUCUUCUUUGUUCGAGUUACUUACUAGUGUUCGUAUUGAUUUUGCUAAGAGUCACAUGUAUAGUGUUGGUUACGAUGAUGAUGUGUCUCAUUUUACUUCUCUUUUUGGUUGCUACAAUUCUACUUUGCCUACAUCUUAUCUCGGUCUUCCGCUUGGUGACAAGUAUAAAAGAAUUCAUAAGUGGGACAUCAUUGUCGAUAGGUUUACUUCCAAUCUAGCCGGAUGA